UGGUUCAGAAGCAGCCUGGCAGGCAACUGAACCCAAAUGAAGAUCCCAGCCCCUUCCCACACAUGGAGCAUCGUACUGAUCCUGCCCUCACUGCUGGCUAUCCUCCAAACCACCACUGCCCGAAAGAAAGACAUUGACAUCUACAGCCUCACUGUGGACUCCAGGGUCUCUUCCCGAUUUGCCCAUACAGUUAUUACCAGCCGGGUGGUCAACAGAGCUGACACUGUGCAAGAAGCCACCUUCCAGAUAGAGCUACCCAAGAAAGCUUUCAUCACUAACUUUUCCAUGAUCAUUGAUGGCGUUACUUAUCCAGGGAACAUCAAAAGCAAGGAUGAAGCCCAGGAACAGUACAGAGCAGCAGUCGGCCGGGGAGAGAGUGCUGGCCUCAUCAAUCUUGUGUUAUCCCCUAGGGUCACUGGGAGAAAGACGGAGCAGUUCCAGGUGUCAGUCAACGUGGCCCCUGCUGCCAAGGUCACCUUUGAACUGAUAUACCAGGAACUGCUCAGACGGCACCUAGGAACGUAUGAGCUACUACUAAAAGUGCAGCCCCAGCAGCUGGUCAAGCACUUGCAGAUGGAUAUUCACAUCUUCGAGCCUCAGGGUAUCAGCUUCCUGGAGACAGAGAGCACCUUCAUGACCCAGGAGCUGGCAGAAUCCCUUACCACCUCACAGAACAAGACCAAGGCUCAUAUUCGGUUCAAGCCAACACUCUCCCAGCAGCAAAAGUCUCCAGACCAUGAGGACACAGUCCUGGAUGGCGAAUUCAUCAUCCGCUAUGAUGUGAACCGAUCCGCCUCUGGGGGCUCCAUUCAGAUUGAGAAUGGCUACUUUGUGCACUACUUUGCCCCUGAGAACCUUCCUACUAUGCCCAAGAACGUGAUCUUUGUCAUUGACAAGAGUGGCUCCAUGAGUGGCAGGAAGAUCCAUCAGACACGGGAAGCCCUAAUCAAGAUCUUGAAUGACCUCAACCCCAAAGACCAGUUCAACCUCAUCGUCUUCAAUGAGGAAGCAACUCAAUGGAAGCCAUCACUGAAACAGGCCUCAGCUGGGAAUGUGAAGGAGGCCACAGACUAUGCUGCCAGCAUCCAUGCCCAGGGAGGGACCAACAUCAAUAAAGCGGUACUGAUGGCUGUGGAUCUGCUGGAUAACAGCAACAGGGCUGAGCUGCUGCCUGCGGGGAGUGUCUCCCUCAUCAUCCUGCUCACAGACGGACAGCCCACUUCAGGAGAAACCAAUCCCACUGUGAUCCAGAGGAAUGUAAAGGAAGCCAUCAGCAGCAAGUACAGCCUCUUCUGCCUGGGCUUCGGCUUCGAUGUUGACUAUGCCUUCCUAGAGAAGCUGGCACUGGGCAAUGGUGGCCUAGCCCGGCGCAUCUAUAAGGACUCAGACUCUGCACUACAGCUCCAGGACUUCUACCAGGAGGUAGCCAACCCACUACUGUUGGCAGUGGCUUUUGAAUACCCCAGCCAUGAUGUAGAGGUGAUCACACAGGACAGCUUCCGACACCACUUUAAAGGCUCAGAGAUGGUGGUAGCUGGGAAGCUCCCGGACCAAGGCCCUGAUGUUCUCUCAGCCAAAGUCAGUGGACAGAUGCAUUUGCAAAACAUCACCUUUGAAACAAAGGCCAGUGUGGCCCAACAGGAGAAGGAGUUCCACAGUCCUAAGUACAUCUUCCACAACUUCAUGGAGAGACUCUGGGCAUACAUGACCAUACAACAGAAGCUGGAGCAGAUUGUUUCAGCAUCAGAUGCUGAAUUAGAAGCCCUGAAGGCCCAAGCUCUGGAGCUGUCCCUGAAGUACAACUUUGUCACUCCUCUCACAUCUAUGGUGGUAACCAAACCUGAAGGCCAAGAUCAAUUUCAAGUUGCUGAGAAGCCUGUGGAAAAUGAUAAUACACAGAGGAAUUUCCAGUCAUUCGUAGGAGCUUCCAGAUUGUCACCUGGUGUGGGACUCAAGAAUGUUGGUGCUAGGAUAUUUGGACAACCUGCACUUCCUAGACAACCUGCACCUGCUGGACAACCUUCAUUUGCUAGCCUGCCUGCCCUUCCUGGAUUUCCUGGACCUGAUCAUUUUCCUUAUGGCCCUGGUUUCGGACUACAGCAUAACAAAGGGAAGUUGGAACAGCUAUUCUCGCCAUACAGUCCCUGGGAUCCCAGACAUGCUCUGUUGACUGGAAACACCAUGUCAACCCAAAGCCCAAGCCUGAAUAAGUUGCUCUCCCAGCACCCUUCCCCACCGACUACCCUAGCCCCCCUCCAAGCUCCUACUAUCAUCUUGUCACUCCCUGGGCCCAGUGUGGACCAACUCUGUAUAGACAUGAAGCCAUCUGAGAGGUUCAUGAACCUGCUCACAGAUGCUGACCAAGGGCUUACAGUGACUGGCCAGUACGAUAAACAAAAGGCUGGGUUCUCAUCGAUCAAGAUAAUCUUCAGGAACCCUGAGCUGCUGGUUCACGCAUCUCCUGACUAUGUGGUGGUAAUUCGGAACCAAAAACACACUGGUUACAAGUGGAAGCAGACAGUGUUCUCUGUGUUUCCUGAUCUGAAGAUGACCAUGGACAAGAGGGGACUCCUGCUGCUCAAAGGCCCAGACAAAGUAACCAUUGGCCUGCUAUCCAGGGAUAGCCCUCAGAAGGGACUGCUGCUCUUUCUGAAUGACACUCAUCACUUGUCUAGCAACAUCGAUGGAGAACUUGGUCAGUUUUACCAGGAUGUGCUCUGGGAACCACCAGAGGGAACAGAUUCCAACCAACGAAAACUGAGAGUUCAAGGAAACCACUUCCUUGCUAUCAGGGAGCUCAAGUUGGAUUACCAACAGGAAUCCCCAGGAACAGAGAUUUCUUGUUGGACAGUGAAGAUCUAGUGCUGCUGGAGCAACUUUGCCCAUGUGUUGUAUGCAGAUGGCUGACACUAUGUGCCUACAUGGUCACCUAUGUGGCCUAGGUCUUCAUGGGGAAGGGGAGUCCCACUUGUUACAAAUAAAGAAAGGUGGCAUAAGCCCA